CCUUCUGGUACGAGUGCUGGCGUUGGUCCUUGUAUACUUUGAUGUUCUUACGAGAAUGAAACGGAAAAUGAUUCGGUACUGAAGUUUAAGAACCCUCUCGAAGACCUUUCAUAAAUCCCGACUCAUUCCACCACUCACUCUAGUCCGGAGUUGCUAUAAAGUUGGCGGUGAAGUCGUUGACGUAUCUGCACAUAUCUGCAUCUGUGAUAGUUCAAACUUCUCUGCCUCCUCGAUACCUAUAGCAAUGAUUGGGAAGGCGUUGACUUGCCGGCGGCAUGCUGCCGCAUUCCUCUCGAGAUCGAAGGCAUGGACACAUGUCUUCAAAUAUGACGGGAAGAGAAAACGCGGAAUAGACAACGUACAUAGAAAGAACCUAAGAAAUGUGUAAAGUAUCGUUCCAUCUUCUUCGAAAAGAUACUUUUUAAUCAACAUACCUUCUUUGUCCAAAUGGACGUUAAUACCAUGAUGGAAGACAACCUAACAGCUCGCGUCCCUACCAUCGGUCCAGAUGAUGUGCUGAGAUACAUUCAGACGCGAUCCGCGUCCUUGAAGUAUCUGUUUGUCUUCUUCCUUCUCUUGACAAAUGCUUGUGCUGGUCUCCGUCUGUAUGUACGAUGUCGACUCGUAAGAAUAUUUGGCGCCGAUGAUAUUUUUCUGCUUGCUACUAUGACUUGCUUCACCAUGUAUACCUUUUCCGGUCUCUUCAGCAUUCGGUACGGCAUAGGCAGUAACCCACACGAAGUAGACAACAACAAAACCCUAUCUGCAGCUCUCGAAUGGUGGUUCCUGGCCGAACUCUUUUCCGUUCUCGCCGCUGCUCUUCUGCGGAUCUCGGCCUCACUCCACAUGCGAAAGCUGGCAGAAACAGACGCACAGCAGUGGCUCAUACUGUUCAUCGGUACCGGGACAACCGUGUAUAGCACCUGUUUCUUCUUACUGCAGCUGUUCCAAUGCACGCCUAUACAUUUCUUCUGGACGGGCUGGCUGGGAGCCGAGGGAAGGUGCAUGGAUCAACAAUCCUUGGCGAAGAUGGAAUAUGUGUUCACGGUCUUUGGAGUCUUGACCGAUUUGGCUUUGGCGGUGGUCCCGAUCUGGUUAUUGUGGACGACGGACUUGAGCCGAAAAUCGAGAUCAAGAAUCCGAGCGUUGGUUUUGGUUGGGCUAUGUGCUGGUGCCGCGGCGUUGAUUCGCUUGCCUGCAACCCAACUCCUGCCAACAACUGAUGAUUUCUUCUUUGAUUGCGUUCCCGUUGCUGUCAGUUCGAUCCUCGAGAUUGGCAUGGGGAUGAUUGCACUUUCAGCAGCCGCAUAUCGUCCAAUAUUACCUGGUUUCUUCGACGAUUCAAACAAAAUUCUGACAGCCAAAUUACCACCCCCAAUACCAGAAGAGUUCAGAACUCCAACCAAAGGAUAUGGUGAUCUUGCUUCGAUGACUGGUGUGCAGAUGUCACCUCGAAGUGCCUCCUUUCGCAAGGUCUCUGAGGCGAGAACUCGAUAUUUCGUCUGAAGAGGCAAAUUCGUGUGCAAGGCCUAAAGCCUGUUAGCUGAGAACAUAUAGAAUCUUUUGUGAAAUACAAUCUUUCCGAGAAGUUCUUACACGCGCAAGAGAAUUGC